AUGGAUAGUGCCACUCCCCGUCCCGUGUCAGCAACACCAUGUACCGAACCAGGACACACCGACCUAGUGAGCGCCUGGUGUCAAACCUGUCAGACGUUUGUCUGUAUUCAGGGUAUGGUGUCCGAGAAACACGCUGGACAUAUCUUUAUAUCACUGGAGAAAAGAGCUGGAGAAUUUGGAGCAAGGAUUGAGCAAAGGAAAAUAGAACUGCGCAAGAUUGAGGAAAGUUUUGGUGCUGAUCUCGUACAACAGUUGGAAAUAGAAACCAAGUUCAACGCUCGCGUGGAUGAUCUAAACAAUGAGAUUGAUAAGAGAAGUCAACGUUUACACUCUGAAAUUGAAUCCUGGAAGACAAAAACAAAAUCAGCGCUUCAGACGAGGGUUGACGAAAUCAGGAUAUCAAUGAAGGUCCGUCAGGAUCAAAUUAAAGAGGACCAAAAUAAACUACGAGCAGCCCUGGAUCAAUGUAGUCUAGAAAACUACAAAGCAGAUGAAGCUAUACAGGUCAAACGUCAGUCGUCUGUAUACAUUCCUGCUUGUCUUAUCUUGACAGAAGUCAACUCCACGGAGCUGGACAUGGAUACCUUGCUUGGACACAUUUCUGAUGAAGAAUCGUAUGGGUCCGACUGUGUGUCUUAUGCAAAACCAUUUUCCUCUUCUGGUUCUGAUGAUACUUCUGAUCUUCACGGACUAUCAGAGACCGAGAGUAAUUUUAUGGAGGAACUGAAGCAUGAGAGAAUUUAUUGCGACCUACCGGUACAUCUUGAUGAUGUUGAAAUCCUGAAACACUGCCAGUUUAAGAACCCCAACCAACAAGAAGAAGAGAUCAAACUAGCUGCCAGCAGGGAUGGAGGCAUCUGGGUAACCUGUACCGGACAAAGAUGCAUUAAACAUUUCGACGACGAAGGCAAUUGUAGGCGGAAAGUUUUGACUGACUUUGAUAUAUAUGACAUAGACGUCAACAGUAAAAAUGAACUUUUUGCAUCAGUGCACAAUGGAUUUAAGAUAAAAAAAGAAAACCUAUUUCAACUGGAAAACUCUUGUAAGAACAGAACACCGUGUGACCUUUGGAAUCGGCAUCACGUCUGCGGAUGA